AUGUUCUCCCCACCACUCUGCAUGUACCAAGAGCUGCUGCUCAACUCCCUGUCCGUGGACCCUGAUGCUGAAUGCAAGUAUGGCCUGUAUUUCCGGGAUGGGAAACGCAAAGUGGACUACAUCUUGGUAUACCAUCACAAGAGAGCCUCGGGCAGCAGAACUCUGGCCAGGAGGGGACUGCAGAAUGACAUGGUCCUGGGGACUCGUAGUGUCAGGCAGGACCAACCCCUUCCUGGGAAGGGGAGUCCCAUGGACAUGGGCUCACCCGAAGCUCCCAUGGAUUACCACGAAGAUGACAAGCGCUUCAGACGGGAGGAGUACGAGGGCAACCUGUUGGAGGCAGGCCUGGAGCUGGAGCACGACGAGGAUACCAAAAUCCAUGGUGUCGGAUUCGUGAAGAUCCAUGCACCCUGGCAUGUGCUCUGCAGGGAGGCUGAGUUUUUGAAACUGAAGAUGCCCACGAAGAAGGUGUACCACAUCAGUGAGACCCGAGGCCUCCUGAAAACCAUCAACUCGGUCCUGCAGAAGAUCACAGACCCCAUCCAGCCCAAGGUGGCUGAGCACAGACCGCAGGCCACAAAGAGGCUCUCCUACCCCUUCUCCCGGGAGAAGCAGCACCUAUUCGACCUGACUGACAGGGACUCUUUUUUCGACAGCAAAACACGGAGCACAAUAGUCUAUGAAAUUCUGAAGAGAACAACUUGCACAAAGGCCAAGUACAGCAUGGGGCAAGGAGAGGGAAGAAGGAAGGACUCUGCCCUUCUAAGUAAACGGCGGAAGUGUGGGAAAUACGGCAUCACCAGCCUUCUGGCCAACGGUGUAUACUCAGCCGCGUACCCUCUGCAUGAUGGAGACUAUGAGGGUGACAACGUUGAGUUCAACGACAGGAAACUCCUAUAUGAGGAAUGGGCAAGCUACGGGGUCUUCUACAAAUACCAGCCCAUUGACCUGGUCAGGAAAUACUUUGGCGAGAAGGUUGGCCUGUACUUUGCCUGGCUUGGCGCCUACACCCAGAUGCUCAUCCCCGCCUCAAUCGUGGGUGUCAUUGUCUUCCUCUAUGGAUGUGCCACUGUGGACGAAAACAUCCCCAGCAUGGAAAUGUGUGACCAGAGACACAAUAUCACCAUGUGUCCCCUGUGUGACAAGACCUGCAGCUACUGGAAGAUGAGCUCAGCCUGUGCCACAGCCCGUGCAAGUCACCUCUUUGACAACCCUGCCACCGUCUUCUUCUCUGUGUUUAUGGCCCUCUGGGGUUUGCAUUAUGUCCAGGAUGAGCACGGCUCUUCUAACCUGGCUGAAAG